GCCAUUGGGCUGGGCUAUUGCAUCUUUUCCGUUGUGUUGGAAGCUGAGGAGGCUAGAAGCUGGGAGGAGGCUGUGGUUUGCUGUGACCACUAGGCCCUCGGCCCUGCCCCCCGGAGAAGGGUGACUAAGAUAAUGGAAAUGGAUCCUGGUGGUCAGGACCUGCUAGCUUUGGAUCUUGAUGAUCCGGACGCGCUGGACUUCCUGCUAGAGGAAAGCGGAGGUUUGUGGACUGCGAUCGAGCAGGACGUGGAGGCUCCGCUGGACCUAGAGCUGUCGCCUUCCGAGAACUCCGGGCAAGCCCUGAGCGACUGGGAGGUAGAGGAUUUACUGAGCUCUCUGCUCAGUCCCUCCGCAUCUCUGGAUGGUCUCAGUUCCGCCAUCUCUUCUAUUCGCCACGACCACAACUACUCCCUCUCACAGGACCAUGUCUCCAUAGAUCUAGAUCCUGUGAACUUCGAAAAGGAGGGGUUCUGCAUGACUCCUCUGUGUGCGGAGGAAACAGCCGCAGAACAGGAGAUUGCUAGGCUGGUACUGACUGAGGAAGAGAAGAGGCUCUUGGAGAAGGAGGGGAUUUCUCUGCCCUCAACACUUCCUCUCACUAAGGUGGAAGAACAGGUUCUAAAACGCGUACGGAGAAAGAUUCGCAACAAGAGAGCUGCUCAGGAAAGCCGCAAGAAGAAGAAGGUGUAUGUCGGAGGGCUGGAGAGCAGGGUCUUGAAAUACACAGCCCAGAAUCAGGAGCUGCAGAACAAAGUACAACUUCUAGAGGAACAGAAUCUGUCCCUUCUAGACCAACUGAGGAGACUUCAGGCCAUGGUUAUUGGGAUAGCAAACAAAAGCAGCAGCAGCAGCACAUGUGUUCUGGUCCUGCUGUUUUCUUUCUGCCUUCUUCUUGUACCCGCUAUGUACUCCUCUGACACAAGGGGGAGCGUGCCAGCUGAGUAUGUUGCCUUUGUCUCUCCAGUGUUGCACCGUCAGCUCCGUGCCCUCCCCAGUGAGGACCAGCAUCAGAUGAAGCUGCCUGCCCAGCAGUUAAAGUUAAUGACGGACAGCACAAACCAGCUACUGGGUAGCUCAGAACAUACGCUCCAGGCCUCCAGCAACUUUACCUGCCUGCUAUACGACGCACCUCAAGCAGAACCACCUCUGUACUGGCCACACUUUGAUCUUUCCUCAGAGACCCCCUUUGCAGGUCCCGACCAUCCCCUGCAGGCAAAUCUUUCAAAGGAAGAGGAGUGGCUGCCUACCCAGAGCCCUUCUGUCAUCUUGCAGGGCAGGUAUUCAGGUUAGAUGUGAUAACAUGAGGGAAUCCUCAGCCUGAGGAUUCCUGUCUGUAUUUAAGUAAGACAGAAUGGGGGAAAGAGCUGGCCUUUUUUCCUGUGCCCUGUUAGGAUGCCUGGGAACUCAAGCACACCACACUUACUAGUUUUAUGGGUCUUUUAUUUAUACCCAUGUGUAUCUGUUGUUCCAUGAAUAGACUUGGAGAAAUUUA